GUCUUACCUGUUCUAUUUUCAAAAUCUUUAAGUAUUUCUUAGUUCAGAGCCUUUUGAAUGAAAUGAGGAGUGCUAGCCCACAUUUGCUUUCCGCUUAUGGCCCUAUGUUCUGAUUAGCAUAAGCAAACAUGAGCUUUAUUUUUGUGGCCUUAAAUUUUAUAUUUACAUAAAGUUGAGAAAAUAGAUGCUACCUUUAGCAGUGUUUUAUGAAUGGGAUCUAAGUUAUAGAAUAUUCCUAUUUGCUUUAACAUUGAAUUUGAUUUUCAAACUACAUGGUGUUUGCAAUAAAACUCUGAUAUUGUUUUGUGUGUAUCAGACAAGAUUUCUAAGUUAGAAUAAUCAGCCAUUCUCCAAAAUUGUCAAAAUAGAUUUCUAUCAGGAUGGGCUCCUCUUUAUAUAUUUUGUCAAGAUUGUUUGGGUUGAAUGCGGAUGCUGGCUCAGAACUGUUAGAUUGUGACUUAGUACUUUGUAAACUAUGUUCCUAAAACAGUAAAUGCUCCACUGUUGACAUGAAAAGGCAGAACCAAAGCUCGGUGUCCGACUUCAUCCUCUUGGGCUUUUCUAAUUUUCCUGAACUACAGAGGCAGCUCUUUUGGGUGUUCUUGGCUGAUUACCUGGUGACUCUGCUGGGAAAUGCCAUCAUUAUAGUCGUCAUCUCCCUGGAGCAGAGCCUCCAUGUUCCCAUGUACUUGUUUCUCCUGAACCUGUCUGUGGUGGAAGUGGGUUUCAGUGCAGUCAUCAUGCCUGAGAUGCUGGUGGUCCUCUCCAGUGAAAAAACUACGAUCACUUUUGCAGGCUGUUUUUCACAGAUGUACUUCAUUCUUCUUUUUGGGGGGACUGAAUGUUUUCUCCUGGGGGCAAUGGCUUAUGACCGAUUUGCUGCAAUCUGCCAUCCUCUGAGCUACCCAGUGACUAUGAACAAAAGGGUUUUCACGAAAUUAGUAAUGCUCUCAUGGGUUUCAGGGAUCAUGGUGGCUACUGUGCAGACCUCGUGGGUGUUUAGUUUUCCCUUUUGUGGCCCCAGUGAAAUUAAUCAUCUCUUCUGUGAGACUCCCCCAGUGUUAGAGCUUGCAUGUGCAGACACCUUUUUGUUUGAGAUCUAUGCAUUCACUGGCACCAUUUUGAUUGUUAUGGUUCCUUUCGUGUUGAUACUCUUGUCUUAUGUUCGAAUUCUCUUUGCCAUCCUGAAGAUGCCAUCAACCACUGGGAAGCAAAAAGCCUUUUCCACCUGUACGUCCCAUCUCACAUCUGUUACCCUCUUCUAUGGCACAGCAAGCAUGACUUACUUACAACCCAAAUCUGGCUAUUCCCCAGAAACCAAGAAGCUGAUGUCCUUGGCUUACACGUUGCUCACACCUCUGCUGAAUCCACUGAUCUACAGCUUGCGAAACAGUGAGAUGAAAAGAGUUUUGUUAAAAGUAUGGCGAAGAAAAGUGGAUUUACAUGCAUUCUGACUAUGCUGAAAAUGCAGGUGAUAUUGAUUCACUGCCAGACUGAACAUUAUUUCAAUUUAAUAGUGGUGAAAAUAGUUUACAUUUCUUGAUACUAAUAUAUUUAAUUUGUUGAUUUUUCCAAGUUUAAAAAUAUGUCAGGAUCCCUCUGUUAUGAUAGUAUGUUCACAUUCAUUUUCUAUACGUGUGUAAGUUCUUUUUUAUUGGCUGCUCUGCAGGGCAUGUAGGAUCUUAAUUCCCUGACCAGGGAUGGAAACCUGAGUCCCUUGAAUUGGAGGCGGAGUCUUAAUUACUGGACCACUGGGGAACGCCACAUAGGUGCAUAACUUUGAUGACGUGAUAUAGCAAUUUAUUUAUCUGUUCUUUUAUCAUGAAUGUUCAGGUUGUUACAGGAUUACGGUCAUUUAGAUGCGAUUUAAAUAAAGAACUACUUCCGUUUGUUCAUAUGUAC